AUGGCGUCCCGAUUCAUUGUCCCCGACUCGAGCCCACCGAGCAGCCCUUCAACGCCUGCAAAGACCCCAAAGAUCCGCGGUGGCUCCGUCUUUGGUCACCCAUCCACAACUCCUGCUGGCCCACCACCUCCAUCCUCGGCGGGCUCAUUCACGCCCGCGGGCGCGCCCUCAGAUUCGUACCUUGGUAGUUCCAUUAUGCGCGGGGUGACGAGCUCGAAGCCGGUCAAUUUUGGCGACAGCGCAAUGUCUCAGACUGGCCCGGCUCCAGGAAGGAAACUCUGGGGUACACAGAAUAAUAGAUCCAACGCGCCGCUGGGUCGAUCGAUACGAAAUCCGCAGAGGCAGCCAUCCGGGCUGAGUAGGCAAUUCAGCUUGGGAGACGUCGAACCACAAGACGACAACGAGGAAGCUGUGGAGGAGGAUGCAGAGGGUGAGGAGGAUGUCGACUACGAUGAUGAGCCGCGUGGCUUGUUCAGGUCAACACUUGGGCAGAGCAAGGGCGGCGCGUUCGGACAUUCAGUCGAUGAUGAACUCGACCAGCUUAUUGAGCAGGACUUGGGUUUUGAUCAUGAAGAAGAAGAGGAGGACGAAGGCGGCUCAGACCACGACGAGGGCACCCGUACUGCCGAAUUCGACAUGGAGGAGGAUGCGGAAGGCAGCGAGGAAGACAUUUUCAUGAACUUGCGACAUGACGACAGGCAAUAUGGACAGGCUGCCAUAGGCGAAGCCGACGAGGAUCUGAUGAUGCUCAACACGCCCGCAGCGACCAAGACGAUGCGCAAAGAAGCACAGGAUCUCCUCCGCCGUUCGUCCAUGCGCCGUGGAAGUGGCGCAGGCCGUGCAUUUGAGUAUGGCUCCAUAGCCAAGGACUUUUACGCGCACGCCGAGGUUGCGCCGCUCAGCGAACCCAACGAGCUGAUCCUGAAGACCGAGGAUCUUGUCUGUCGACUCUACAACGAGGGUAUUGGUGCUGAUGACGACGCUGAGAAGCUGGACAACUCGCUUGCCAACAUCAGCUAUCGCCUAGUCAAGCUUUGGAGCGACCAUGUCAACACGCUUGAGAAGCCUCAAGAGGAGCUGGCUGGUGUGGGGCCAGGAUCUGGCGCUCAGCCUUUUGAGAAAGCACAGUACGUAUCACAACUGCUGCUUCGACUGCACCACACGAGGUUCAUGGAUGAUUCGGACGAAGAGAAGAUCCAACCACUUUCUGGCGUGCUACUCCACUGGCUACACGACUGCAGCUACGACCCGCAUCAACAACAAGUGGACGUAGUGAUGCGUCACAAGCCCAGCCCAGCGAGCCAUAGCGUAUACUGGCAAACAGUACAGAACAGCCUCUUGCGCGGCGAUGUACAAGCUGCCCUUGGAUUGUUGAGAAACGCGGGUUGGGAGCAGGUUCGCAACAUCAGGAGGGAACGCGUCUACACGGGGCAAGCGCUAGAGCACGUAAAGGCUUUCACACAGAAGACCUGCGAGCUCCUGGAGCAGUGCCCCUCGGAAAGCAACGACUGGGACAUUUUCAACAGCCGAUGGACUCUUUUCAGGAUCCAGGCCCGUGGCGCACUCGACAAGAUGACUCUCUUUGCUGAGGGACAAGACCAGACUUUCGCAGACCAUGAAGGCUACAACCGAGAAAGUUUAUCCACAAUGGCACGAAAGGCGACGAGCAAGCUGCCCUGGGACAUUUACGAGAAUUUACAGAUCAUCCACAGCAUUCUACUUGGCGAUGCUGAGGCAAUCCUGGGGACAGCCGAGGAUUGGUGCGAGGCUACGGUCGGCAUGGUCUGCUGGUGGGAUCAAGGAAAUCAGCGCCCUAGGAGUUUGCGCCUCACACAGUCCCAGAGCUUGCAGACCACAUCCAAGCUGGGCAACAGCGACGAGUACUUUCAGCGCCUGGCAGAUUCGUUCCAUACCGUGCUGCAGUCGGAUCUGAUUCCCAACGCGAUGAGCCCAGUGGAGGUGGCAGUCGCAUCAGUCUUUGAGAACAAUGUCAACGCGGCCAUUGGAAUUCUGCGCACAUGGUCGCUGCCCCUGGCGUGCGCUGUUGCCGAAGUAGCCGCCCUGGGCGGCUGGCUACCACCCGUCGAGUCUACGAGGCCGUUGGCCUUUGAUGCGCUGGAUAUGGAGGACUUGGCGCUGCUCAACAUCUCACAGCCAGGUCCUGAGGAGAUGCUGGGAAUGAAGGACGAUACGCUGGAGAAGUACGCACGAGACCUGGCAGGAAUCGAGCAGCUCUCGCCGCGCCAAGAAGGAUGGGAGAUGGCUAUUCAAGUCCUUGGCCGGAUGGACUUGCCUGAGAAGUCGGAGCAAAUCGUCGGGGAGCUACUGAAAGACAUUCUGGAGACACUGGACGAGCACUCUGGGCGCACGGUGGACAAGAUGUGGGGGAUCUUGAAUGACCUUGGCAUGAUCAACUAUGCCGAGGAGACGGCAGAGACUUUUGCGGACACGUUGUCUACCCAGUCACAUCGUUACGGUGAAGCUCUGUGGUACUACGCGCUGUCCCACCGAACCGACAAAGUACGGGAAGUACUUAACCUUCUCAUGUCUUAUUCACUGGUUCAAUCGACUGCAUACCCCGCGACCAAGGAUCUCGACAAGGAACUCCGAAAUCUACUAGAAAAUCGCACCGAAACCCUGGAGCAGCGUGCCAAACAGGACUUGGAGGCCGCUCAGCUCCUCGGACGCAUGCUCAGCGGGUACGCCACGCUGCGCAAAUUCUACGAGUUGCGGGACCAGCAAAAGUCCGGCAGUUUGCCAGCGAACAAACUUGCCACGAUCAAGCGGCAAGCUGCAUCGGCCUUGGUGGCUGUCGUUUCUAGCGCGGAUGACAACAUUCGAGGCGGUCUGUACGAUGAGUCGAGGGACGCGGUCGUCAGCGAGGACUUUCUGCUGGCGCUGCUAGGCGAGGCAACCGUGUUUGUCAACCAGCGGCCAGCAAUCAUCACUCUGGAGCAGAUGGACAUCCUGCUCAAGGCUAUCGAGGAUAUUCAGACUGUCGGGUCGAGGAUCUAUGAUACUUGCGACGAAUUCUUCAACCUGGUGCUUUCAUCAGCACAAGGUCUCAAGGGGUCCACGCCCGCUGAUCUCCUCAGGUCCACGAGCUCGCUCAGCGGCGGCAGCUAUGUCAUGACUGGCAGCUCCGUGCUCGCAAAUCAUAUGCACAAGUCUGUCUCCUCGUCGGGCGGCAAGAUUCAAAGGGGCUGGGACUGGAGAAAGAGCUUUAGCUCGACGACCAAGGCGGAACAUAUGCUUCGUGGUUUGAGGUUGGGCUUGGCCAAGGAUUUGGCGACACUGUGGCUCGACGAUGCGGACGGCGUAACAAGGGCUUUCUAG